GAAAGCAAAAUAGUUAUACACAAAUUUAAAAAAUGAUCAAUCAUCGACUGCUAAGUCUUGCUCUUUCACUGCUCCUGCUCGGCUUUCUUGCUGGCACUUGGGCAUAUCCUGAAAUAGAUGCAACGGAUAACAAAUUGGAUAAGCAACAGCCCAUGGAGACGACCACACCGAAUGCAGGUGCAGCGAACGAGACGGGCUUCGACUUUCUGGAAGUAGUGCGCACUUGUAAUGCCAGUUACACCAUACCGUUAGAAUACAUACAGCAAUUCAAUGAAACCGCAGAACUGCCGAACAUAACGGACAAAACAGGCAUGUGCUUCCUGAAAUGCUACAUGGAGAAGUCGGGUCUUUUGCGAGAUUGGCAACUGAAUCCAACACUGAUCCGGCAAACUAUGUGGCCAGCCACUGGUGACUCCUUACCCGUCUGCCAGAAUGAAGGCUCUCGUGAGACCUGUCCUUGCAAGCGCACCUAUGCCAUCGCUAAGUGUCUGAUGUUACGCGCUCUAGUGGAUGCCCGCAAUAAGCCGUUGGUUUGACAACAUUCUGUCAACUUCACGAGCAACAAUGAAUCUGAGAUGGUCCCAUAGCCACAUAUUAUUAGCAACUUGUUUGCUCUUCGUGCACUUGAGCGCAACACGAGUUACAUAUUUAGAUCUACACCAUAAUAAAUAUAUUUAGAAGCACUUGAAUUUCAUUGCAGUCGCACUAAUAUUCUUAACGGUCCGUUGAUCGGAAGGUUCUUUACUCAUUUGUGGAAUUUUUAUGGCUUACUUGUGCAACAACAGUGUCUGUGAAAGGAAUUGUAUACACAUACAUAUGCAUAGCUUACGCAAAUCUGAAGGAUUGAUAAAUGCUGUUUGGAGACGGAGUUCCUAUAAAAUCUUAUCUAGCCUGCCUCUGCAUUUUGCUGCUUAAA